AUGACACUCAAAUUGCUUAUGAAUUCGACAUGGGGAUAUUCCAUUAAGAAACCUCAAGAGAUGAAGAGUAAACAUUAUGAGAAGGUCGACAACUUUGUUGAAAGGUUCUCCCCUUUUGUUUUGAAAUACGAGUUCACCGAAGGUCAAAAUGGCUUAGUAACCACAUUAAAACCUAUUGUCGAACAUUGGUCCUAUCCUCAGUUCGCAAAGGCAGUCCUUGACAACUACAACAAAUUCUUCUCCGAAGUCAAAUCGAAAGUUGUGGUUUACUAUGAGAACAUUGACGCACUCAUGACGAACGAAGAAGGCUAUAACAAACUCAUUGAAAUGGGAAUGGUCGGUGAAAAGAUGGGUCAAUUCAAAUUGGACAAAAUUUUCACCGAAGUUCAUGUCCUCUCCAAGCGUAAGUACUGGGGCAUACUUGAAGACGGCACAGAAAUAAAACAUUGCAUGAAGUAA